GUCUCCCUAGUCUUGGACAUCUCUGGAGUAUUGACCCAAGAUGAUAUUCACAGAUCCUUAAAGGUGCAAAAAUAAGACAAUGGUGGCAAGACUGUAGCACAAUGGAGUGAGAUUCCACUGAUUUAUUUCUUCAUCAAGAAAUACCACAACACCAGCAGCCAUGUUGGAGUCCUAUAUCGCGCCCAUGUUGAUGAGUUACGUCAACAAGUACAUCAAGAACCUCAAGCCAUCGGACCUCCAGCUUUCGUUGUGGGGAGGCGACGUUGUUCUUAAUAACCUUGACCUUCGUUUAGACGUGCUAGAGCAGGAGUUGAAGCUACCGAUAACGUUUUUAAGCGGACACAUCCACGAGCUUCGCGUACACGUCCCGUGGGCCAGACUUGGCUACGAACCCGUCGUCAUCACCAUAAACACGAUAGAAUGCGUGCUGAAGCUCCGCGAUGCCAGCCCGGCAGAGACCGAGAGCGCCAGCUCGAAGACUAGUAACGCCAGCUCGAGGGCAAGCAGCGUGGACAGGUCAAAGGUCAAACGCCAACUAACAGGCAGCGACGCGGACCUCCCGCCAGGCUACGUUCAAACGCUGAUAAACAGAGUCGUAAACAAUGUCUCUAUCGUAGUCAACAACCUGAUACUCAAGUACGUCGAAGACGACAUUGUUCUAUCGCUAAACAUCAAGUCUGCGGAGUGCUACAGCGUGAACGAGUUUUGGGACAGUGCCUUCAUCGACCUAUCCGUCGAAGAUCUCGUGCUUCGGAAACUGAUCAAAUUCUCGGACAUGACGGUCUGCUUGGACAAGCGGACCGCCGCGGGCAAGAUCGAGAUGUACCAGGAGCCAAUGAUCUUCCGCUGUUCUUUUGAGACGCGGAUUUUCAUGAUCUACGAGAGCCUGAACGCGAAGCUCCCCUAUGCGACCAAGAUUAACACGUUCUGUGAAGAAGUGAACAUUUCCAUCAGUGAUAUCCAGCUGCCCAUGUACCUAAGACUCAUACAGCUCUGUACAGCGCUGUACUAUGGUGACAUUGACCUUCCAGAGGGACAGCCACAACAAGACGAACAUGAACCUGGAUCUCAGCAGGAGUUAGCAGCAGGAAAUACAGGAGCAGUGGACGACAGUGACCAGCUGCAGGACUACAGUGACCAGCAGGGCUGGGGGUCCUGGAUGUGGUCACUCGUACCAGAACUGGUGACGUUUGAAGAGGAAGAGUUAGAGGGGGAGGGGGGCGUCAGGGGCAGGAACACUGCCAAACCUGCAGAACCCAUCCUGGCUUUCAGCGCGUAUGUCAAGAAGGCAGUGGUCACAUUUAAGUUGACAGAGCUAACCCAGGAGAACAUGUUCUACGGACCACAGAAGUUGAUCUUUAAGCCAUAUCUAAGACUGGAACAGGAUGGUUCAGCGCUGGAGAUACUCAUGAGAGGGGAGACCUUCUUUGACGCUCAGAUCGGAUUCACCAAGUUCCAACUGACUUGUAUGGACGAGGAGGAAACAACCACUAGAGAAAUGGAUCCAUGUUUUCUUCAGUCAGGAGAGCCAGUGGAAAACAAGACCAGCAGCCAUUUCUUCUCACUGUCUUUGUUUGAUGAGAGAAGUCCUGAAAACAACAGGGUUCCCCCUGACUUUGUACUUGAUGUAGAGAUGCACCAAAGAUUGUACAAUGAGACGGCCAUGUUACAGAGAUAUGGGGCCUUUUGGAUGGACUAUCUGUACACCAUGGAGAUAGAGGACAGGAUUGUCUCAGAGAGUGGUUCAGAUGCUGGUUCCCACAGUAGUCAGGACAUGUCUACCGUCAGGGAGUCCUCAUCCAAAAGGUUCCUGUUUGCCCCCGGCCAGGCUACCGUCACCAGCGAGGUCAUACAGAAACUGCUCAAGUUCCAAGAGUGUGCCAACAACCACGAAUAUGAACCCUACAGCCAGCCCAAACCUGUGGUUGUUGAUGAGAGUCGACCGCGCCCGACUCAGGAGGAGGUUGCAGCCAUGGAGGAGUUCAUUCCCACACGGUCCAUGCACGUGACCUUCCUGUCAAUCACUGCGUACGUGUGCGGGGCCGAGAGACUGGAGACGGCAUCACCUGAUGUACAGGAACCCAGGAAAGGGAGGAGAGUCUCCAGACAGGAUUCCAAACAGAAGUUGUUGGAGCCCCCAAAACAACGGGACCAAGUGUUCCCCCUCCCCACUGUAGUGUUCCAGGCUGACAGGAUAGACAUACAGAACACUGUACCCAUGUACAGGUACAACCUGGUACCAGCUGUCAGCUGUCUGCUACAACCCUCCGGCAACCUACUACAUCACUGUUACUCACACAUAUAUGUCAAGGUAUUUGGGUUUCAGGUUGGGUUGACCACCAUGGAUCCUUCCAACCCAUCACCUGCACCACUGACAGUACUGCCCCCUUGCAGCACUGCUGUGUACUACAAGACACUCUUGCUUCCCAUGUAUUGGAGAGACCCCUUGCAGUCUCAGACAGAAGUGCUACUGGAGCUUCCAGGUGUCGUCUGCACCCUGACCCAGCCGCAGCUGCAGCUGCUGCACCUGAUACAGCUGAGCUGGGCCGGCCAGCCGGGAGGGUUCCACAGGACAAGUCUGGUGGAAGAUGUCUUUAAUCCAUCUGCUAAGGCGUUCCCAGCAGGCCAGCCAAUGGUGGAAGUGUCCCUGACUGGUCUGGAGUGGAAGUUAGUGGAGACCUCCAGUCUCAGAGCUGUGUCAGGAACUGUGGGGGGGCUGAAGGUCAACGUCCACUCUAUCGAGAAUGGCAGAGAAGCUAUCACCCCCAUUGUGGAAGGGCCAGUGGACUCUUCCCAGGUCCACAACACAAAGUUCUUCACCAUGGUAACAGAGGAGGCCACGCCUGGCAACCUGACCUCUGACCUCCUGACUCUCACCCUGCAAAUAGGAAAGGAUGAUAGUUUAAAGCCAGGACAUAGCCUGGUUCUGCUGGAUAUCCAGGGUGUGUCGUGCUGUUUAGAUCCUGUACUGCUGACAUGGCUGUCGUACCGCCCGCAGCCGGUAUGGUGUAAGGCCAGCAGUCCUCACCAGACACACAGACAGUCAUCUGUCAUCACUACUGUCUCCACACAGUCUGCUAACAGGCACAGACACUCUUCUCAAGGAUCGGGGAAAUCUGAGUCGAAGCAGCGGUCGCGUACACGUACCAGCAGCCAGCCAAUCCCCAUAGCCCAGCAGACCUCGCCACAGGAGCCUCCCAAAGCGGAGGAGAGGAAACCAGACGGCACUCUGGUCAUCAAGAAAUGGUUACACGAUGUGUUUCCUGUUGUCAGGCAACUUCAAGUUCAGAUGUAUUACACCACAGCUGACAAACCCCACUCCAUGCUGGCUGUGUGCCUGCCCAGAAUAGGGGUCUGCAGUACCGGGCACAAACACAUGGAGGCGCUGCAGGAUGUACCCUACAGUCCCGAUAGGCCGUUUUUGGAAACAGACCUUCUUCCAUGGAACAUUAGCCUUGAGAAGUGCAGUAUCUACUCAGUACACGACUCCCAGGGGGUGUACUACCUACUGGAACCAACAGCUGUGACUUCAGUGCUGGCCGUUACGUGUUCUGGCAGCCCUCCCUCUGGAGGUUACACAUCCCUGGGCAUCUGUUUCCACACAGAUUUGCAGCCAGUGGCUCUGAACUGUUCUAAACAACAGGUACAGUUACUGUCUUCGCUUGCUGAGGUGGGGCUGAACGUCCUUGAAGAUCUCCAGUCAAGGUCAGCCAACACAGGACCUUCUGCCGCUGGGGUCAAACCACCAGAGACAGUGUCCACUGCCAUGUCCAGUCCCAGCCGCUCUCCUACUAAACACCUACAGAGCAUCAGUGAUUCCAGUGAGCUAGAGGACUUAGGCAGUGGUACGUCUACUGAUGAGACUGUAAUUUCUGCUAAAGACGGGGAGGCCAGUCAGGAGUCUAACGUAGGGAAGGUCUCCCUCUGGUUACAAUGGGCUCUUCCAAAAGUCAAGGUGACGCUCUAUGGACAGGACCAUCUCAAUAUCAAACAAGAUGUGAAGAUUUGCACAGAAGUGGAAGAUCUCAGUGCCUCCAUUGAUGUACAAGAGGUCUACACCAAGGUCAAAUGCAAGGUCGGAAGUCUCAAUGUCAACCACAAGGUCAAAAAACCUCAGACGUAUGACUGGGCACCAGGUCCCUUCAACGGUAUCGUCCUCUCGUGUUCCGAGAAGCUUUCCAACCUUACCCAGCUGCCGGCCUUCCAGUCCCGCGAGACCAGAACCAACCCGUUCUUCCCCGAGUUCGCCAAGCUCGCCGAGACCGCCAAGCCCCACGGCUUCCUGAGCAUCACGUUUACUCGCGCUCUCACCACCUGCGUACGCAAGAAGAUCGCAAAACGAGAACGCGGCGAGAAAGCGUCCAAGGAAAAGAGCUGGGAAACUGACACGCAGUACAUGAACGAAAUAUGCCUCACGGUCGAGCCUUGCGACGUCAUCUUCUGGUGUCCUCUUGUUGCGUCCGCGCUGAAAAUAUUUCAGCUUGAGAACUGCGGAAGCCAAAUUGAGAAACCUAAAGCCAGCGUUGUCGGCACGAAGUCGACGCAUGCGCUGAUGAUUGCAACAAGCAGUCUACCGUUGUUGCAUUUCAACUGUAGCAACUUCAGGUUGUUCAUUCCAGUGGAUGAAAGUCCGAAGGGCAAGCCGCUACAAUCUGACUUGAUGUUGCUUCACGUUAACUCAGUUUCCCUCACCCCUCAAGCUGACAACCCUCUCCCCAGGCUGGUGGUUAGGAAAGACAUGUACAGGAGAGCUGUGCAUGCUGGGAAAAUGCAGACACCGGGGUCUGAGGUGGAGGACAGGCAGUACCAGCUGGAUGUGAAUGGGCUGGGCCUCUGCUCGGCAUUGUGGGAGGAAGUGGCGAGAAGCAUGGAACAGGGUAGACAGGUGGAGACAGAGGAGGAGCUGCUGAUAUCCCAGAAUCCUGCAGUGGAGUGGAAUAGAGCUGACAAACAGCCCCACCAUCAAGAGCCAGUCCACCUGACUCCUAUUGUGAUGGACUACGACAUGAGAGUGGUCGUGGCUCCUGCCGUCAUUGUCAACAGGCACUCAGCACAGGACAGCCAUGCGAGACAGCCUGUGAUAGUGUGUGGGCACUCCCUGGAAGUGAACGUGACCUCUGACCUGGAUUUCUACGUCAGUACGGAGCAGGUGCAGCUCCUGCACCACUUGAUUGACAGGAACCUGUCGGCCAUGUUGGGAGGGGCGGGGCCAGAGGGGCCCAAGAGUCGCAGCAACAGUGACGAGUCAAGCAGAGGUGCGGGGGCUGGGACCAGACCACCUGCGUCAGAAGACAGUGGCAUUGGGAGCGACAGCACCUUGAUUCCUAUCUCAGCCACUAUAGAGAGGCAGUCGGCCGAGUUACACCCCAGUCUGUUGGAGAAACAAACCAAAACCUUGGAACGUUCCACAGAAAUCAUGCCCAUGGACAUCCUCCUUACAGCCGGCAAAAUCUCCUUAAUGUUGUACUCAAGUUCCUUAAAGAAAGAAGACUCCUCCUCAAGUCAAGUUUCGCAGCCUACGAAACUGGUUUCACCUUUCGUACCGAUGGGUCUUUCUGCCAUCUUCCCAUCAUCCUUUGUACAAGAGAGCAUGCUGGGAAAGAGGGUGUUGAAGCCAUUUGUGCAUGCGGUGUUCUCUCAGCCAUCGACUAUCAUUAAUGUCCAAUCAACAAGUCAGAAGCUUGAGGUGUCAUGCUAUGAUGUCAGUCUAAAAGGGGUACCGGUGGACUUAACAAUCACAGAUGGCUCCAAGUUGCUGCCAGUAGCGGGUGAUUUCAGUGUGCCGUGGGUCCAGACAGCCAUGGGAGAGCCUGACCCUCGCAGUGGGGUUCCUCCUGCUGUAUACACCUUCACUGUCACUGACUUCCUCUCUGAACAAGCAAAUAUCUGCCUGGAUGUCGGCAGACCGAUCAAGGUCAACUUCAGCAUCACCAAGGUCAAACAAGCCAUGGGUCUCCUGAAACUGCUCACUCCUACCAAACAGUACGAAAUCCAAGGCAAAAUUUCCCCAACUAUUCCUCGAAAAGACUCCACGAGUCUUGAAACAACAACAACGACAGCAUCAAAGAUAGAGAAAACAACAUCGAUGGCGUCAACUGAGUUGUCAGCUUUGUUGACAAGGCUGCGGUCUGCCAGCCUCGCCAUUGGUCAGGUGGUUGUUGCCAUGGAGACAGUGCCACACCCACAGAACCCCAAAACAGUGUUGUCCCUGACUGGCAUUAACAGUAAAGUGGAGAUCACACUUGCAGAAAAUCAUAGUGACUUGUCAGCAAUUACAUGUAACACAACCAUCAAAGACUUCUUGGUGAAAACCUCCCUACACGACAAAAUGCGACCUUUGCUUGGACCUCUGACCUCUGAACUGUCCCUGGUCUGUGAUUGGUCGAUCCACAGCGGCAGCCAAAGCGAUCCUCAUCUUCCCAAAGUGAAUGCUGGGAUACAUCUGGGCAUUGUGAGGGUUUUUGUUGGACAAGAACAUCUGAACUGUGCCCAGUUAAUGGCAGAACAUAUGCAGGAGUUUAUAAGUGAGAUGACAGGAAAAACCAAGGACUCAAAGAGACCUGAGCCAGAUGCAUCGCCAGCGACAAUGCAGACUGACAAUCCUCCAGUUGCCAAAGAUACCAUCUCCAUGGAAACUGUCAUCAGUUCAAGAGAUGACCUCAGAGUAGGAACAUUCCAGUACAUCUCUAACAGAGAUGGUGGUGAGAGACUGCCCAGCCCUGGUCAGAUUGUGUUUACGAAGGAGAGAGGAGGCCAGCCCGGCACCAUGGCGUGGUGUUACCACAAGCCCCGCGUCCUGACGUACAUCCACGUGACUCCCGUUCCCUUCCACACCAUGGACGAUCCUGAUAUCAGCUUCACAGAGCUGGAGGAAUUCGUAGAGGUGCCAUGUUCUCUCCAAUACUGGGAUGAAGUGAGAAAGGCCUUUGUCCUGUUCCACAAGUUCAAACUGUCAGCUAGCAGGUCCUACCAUGUCAGGUUUGCUGACAUUGCCAUGGCAACAGCCAAUCAGGUGGUGGCAGCCCAACUGUGGCAGGUGGUGGUGCAUUCUGGGACAGAAGUUCAGGGGGAGACAGAUGGCGACGCCGGUACCAGUCCGACCGAUCGCGAGGAGGAAAGUGACCCGCUCCUGUCUCCGAUGGCGUUGGCCGCCUGCAUGCGCGUGGACUCAUGUUUCGCGCCCAAGUUUGUACCGGCCGUGUCGACAUCGCUGUCAGCAAAUGGAGUGCAAAUCAGCAUCAGUAACCAUAUGGAGCAUCUUGGGAAAGGUGGUAUUGGAAAGUUGAAGCCUUUUACGUUUGAUGACUCCAUGCCGAAUGAUCAGGAGUUUCUGGUUGUGUCUAUGGAGAAACCACUUCUACACUUCAAACACUGGCAUGGGGACAGGGACUGGUCCUCUGUGCAGAUGGAAGGGUCCAUCGGUACAGAUGUAUUGGAGUACAGGAACUUGACUAUGCAGCCUUUGGUCGAACCAUUCAAGCUACAGGGGGAGGUCAUGUACAGGAAAGAAGCUGGUGUGACACAUGUGGACACUCGAGUUUCUACAGAUUCAAUCCAGCUACGAGUUGCCCAGGGCACAGUCCACACACUAACCAUGGCUCAGAGACUAUGGGCACAGAAUUUUUCCCCCACAAAGAUAGAGGAUGAACAGCUCCUCCUCAACUACUUUGUGAUCUGUAAUGACACCCAGGAGACAAUCCGGUUUGGACAGGUGGACACGGAUGAGAACAUCCUCCUGUGCAGCCGGCGCAUGCACGGCUACAGCUGGCGCACACACAAACAAGUUCAGAUGCUGCAUGCGUGUUUUGAGGGGUGGGGAAACUGGCGCUGGUCGGAGCCGUUUAACAUCGACACCCCGGGGUCGUUUGUACGAACCAUCCAACAUCAGGGACACGCAACAUCACUGAUCGUCAAGGUGCAACCAAUCACACCACUACAGAAACAGAUCAUUUUAUGUGGUCGACAAGUCUUCACCAACCACUUGUCCAAGGACCUCCUUCUGGAGAUUGUCCAAGUGCGGAAAUCCCAGCCUGCCUUGCCUCGAGACUUGACCUGUGACCUCCCCGCCAGAACCACGCUGCCGUCCUUCGUUCUGGAGGACGACAUGAUUCGCGGGAUCCGACUCAGGGCGAGGGGAGAAUUCACCGUUUGGUCAGGGGAGGUGGACGUGGGGUCACGCAAACAGAAGGAAACAUCUCAUGUACAGAUCUCGUGUGAGGAUGGCAGUGUGUUACAGGUCCUGUGUACCGUCUACAACCUCCAACCCUCAACCCCACAACACAUGCCGGCAUGGGCACUGCCUGGACAGAGGGUGAUUGUGCUGAGCCCAGUGUUUGUAGUUCGGAGCUGGAUCCCCGGCCCACUGCUCAUGAACCUGGAGACACGCAACCUGGGUGAGAGGCACCAGUACCAGGUCAUGGGGAAGGGCAAAGGUCAUGACCUCUACAACAUCGAACCUGAACUCUCACAUCAUGUCACCUUCCAGUUUGGGAAGACUGGUGAGCCGUCCAGCCCCACCAUCCGUCUGAACUCUGACCUGAUCGGUGAUGUGGACAGGAAACCCUCCCUGCCUACAGUGGAGAAACUCUGCAGCAUGGCAGAGGGGAGGGACAGGGACAUGGGAGAAGCCUGGCCCUUCUCUGGCCAUGCUACAAAAGAUGACUCGGAUGCACACCAGGACGUGGUGGUGUUCCAGCCAACCACAGAGCUGAAGGUGACCUUCGCAGAACACUCGCCGUACGUCGACACCCUCCUGCUGAACGUCGCACCCUGGUGCCUGCUGGGAAACGACACGUCCAUCCACCUGGCCCUGGUGUUGGCUGGUGGGGAGACCUUGGAUCUGCCUGCGGGCCAGGCUAUUGCUCCACCAAAAUUUAGGGGAGAGUUCUGUAUCAGUGUGAAGCUGCCUUGUUCAGCUGAAGACAACACGUCGAGUCUGCCCCAGUCCCUCCCCAUCCUACUGGAGACAGAAGACCUGUUGUCUGUUGCUAAGUAUGGAGAACGACUGGUCAUGCCACGGGAGGGACUAGGGCUGCUCAACAUUGUCAUACCACCACAGCAGAUAGGGGGCGCCACUAAGGUGUGUUCCCUAUGUGUGUCCUCUAGUGUACAACAUGGCAUACAGAUCCUGCGACUUCAGGAGAGAGUGUUCCUCACUAACCUGAGCUCACGGCCUCUCAGAGUACAGGCUAUCACUGCUGAUACAGACAGCAGGAAGGGGGGUCUCCAGGACUAUGAACUCCAAAGCAUUGAGGUUACCAUGGCAACAUCUAAGAACAAGGACACCAUGACACCCAUAGCAUUAUGGGAUGCCAUCGGAGCUGACCAAUCAGAAAGCAGUAAGGAUGCCAGGUGGUUUGACAGAGGUGUGCAGUACAUCAGGUUCUCUCUGGCCAAUCAGGAGGGUGCUUCCACUCCAGAAGGAAAUUCCAAAAAGGAGACUUGGAGCCCUGCCUACAGACUUGGUUCUCACCUGAGAUACUCGCUGUCUGUCCCUGACUGGGCUCCUGAUGGGACCUGCCAGUCUGUUGCCAUGGUAACCACCGUGAACGAGUCACAGGGCCAGCUGUACGUGGUGCUAGAUGAGGACCCCAGUCCCAGGUUCAUCCUCCAUAAUAACUGCACCUGGAUGCUGCACUUUGGAGAAGAAGCUACAGAAGAACAGAAACUAGAUGGUAUUCCAGUCAAAGAAGAGCUACUUCUGUCAGGAGUUCCCACAAUUCCUCCAAACAGCAACACCUGCUAUUACCCAGAGACCCUUGCAGCAUCAUUCCCAGAAUUCACCGAGGCAUCAAACCUGAGCAGCCAUGUUCGCAUCCGUCUGGCCGGAGAGUACUACGGAGCAGAGUGGAGCGAAGACGAGGGGUUUCUAUUCGAAGGUCUUCUCUGGACCCAAGCCAUCGACAUCUGUGAGAAAAAGGAGCACCAGAUUGGGCUCCCAGGAUUCGGGGAGGUGAGAGUUCGAAUCAGCAGCGUGGGAAUGUGCAGACAUGUUUACAUCGACCCAGUGAAGAGAGAAGAGAUUGGCAGCGACUUGGAGUUUGUAGAGUUCGAUGACGUAUCAGAGGAGGUUAAAGAGGGAAAGAACGGUAAAGCACCAUCCAAACACACAGUUUCCCUGAGCGCCAAGCAAGGAAAUUCCUCAGAAGCAAACAAAACCCCUCCCUCAAGCAAGCUUGCCUUGCAGUGUGCCGUUUUCCUUUCAGAAGCGUGUUUGAUUCUCGUUGACGAAGUGUCGAACCCUUCUCUAGCCACAGAGCUGUUGAGGAUAACAGCCGACAAGUGCUACGUUGCCUACCAUCCCAUCAGCGCAGAUACAGAAAUGUCAGAGGAGCUUCUUCAAGUGAGUGCUUGGAGAUUGCAGGUAGAUAAUCAGAUUUUUCACAGGGGGAACUAUGACUUCGCAGUCUUGUUAUGUUCAGAGAACCAAGAGGACGAAGGGCUUCAACACAGGAGAAUGUGGUCCAUCGAAAAGACCGCCGACUUCUGGGCGUACCAUAGCAUGGUCGUCGCCAAAGUCGGUUUGAACAGAACGUUGUCCGACAACAAAAUGGCGGUCGGGUUUGUGAAGCUUACGCAGCGACCGGUGACGGUUUACAUCGAGGACACCUUCAUCUAUGACAUCCUCAACCUGAUUGGUUCCUUUUCCAUCCCUGCCGCAUCCGACAGCACAAAUCAACCAAUGAGGACGCAGGUACUACCACGAGAAGUGAAGGAAGCAGCGGCAUCUCUGAUUGGCCCAGUGAGCAUCCCAGAACUGACGAUAGAAGAGAUGACGAUGCUUGUAAGCGUCCAUGCCUCGAUGAAAGUGUUCAUUUCCUCAGACCACACGCGUCUGACGUUCAAACACUUCUCCCGCACUCCUGUCUUUACUGUAUCCAGGAACCUGGUUCAAGAUCUGGCCUUGCACUACGGCUCUGGAGCUCUUUUCAGGGCAGGUUGGGUGCUUGGUUCCCUGGACAUCCUGGGCAGUCCUGCCAGUUUACUGGGCAGUAUCAGCAGUGGGAUAUCUGACUUCUUCCGCCUGCCGUAUGAAGGGCUGACCAGGGGACCCGGGGCUUUUGUGUCAGGGGUCACCAAAGGUGCCUCCUCACUGGUCAGACAUGUGUCAGCAGGUACGCUGACGUCCAUCGUGAACCUGGCCAAUAGCAUCUCCCGUAACAUGGACCGGUUGUCGCUGGACCAGGACCACGCCCACCGUAACCAGGAGUGGCGGCGGCGGCUGCCGGCUGGGGUCACCACCGGCCUGGUGCAGGGGCUGUCUGGGCUGGGACUCAGUCUGCUGGGUGCGAUCGCAGGUGUAGUGGACCAGCCCAUCCAGAGUAUCCAGUAUGCCAUGGACAGCUCGGAGCAGACCGUGACCCAGCGAGCCACAGGGGUCAUCUCAGGGGUCGGGAAGGGCUUAGUGGGCGUGGUGGCCAAACCCAUCGGAGGGGCGGCCGAGUUCGUGGCUCAGACUGGACAAGGUAUUCUCCAGGGAGCAGGUCUGACCCACCUCCCCAGACCCAGAUGUACCCCCACCAUACAGGAGGCUUGUGAUGCUGAGAACGGACAAGUCAAGUACACAUGGAAAAUGCUGCAGGCAUUGUCUCUUCCUGACAUCUACCUGCACCUGCCAGGCUCCAUGGUGACACCUGCGGGACAGCUGCACCCGGUCGUGCUGCUCCUCACACCGCUGGUGCUGUUUGUUGUGAGUGUCGCUGACGACACCCAACAACAGGCUUUGUCCAUCCUGGACAUCGAGGUCAAAAGGUCAUCACAUGACCCGGGGUCAAUCAAGGUCAAGGUCAGCCCACAGAAGGCACCAACUGCCAGAGAGAAAGAAGAACAAAAGGAGAGAGUUUCAGAGUUCAUCGACAUGACACUGGGCCUCCCUAACCCCAGCCCUAGCAACGCCGAAUCAGACACACCUAGCGACGUGUCUGCCAUGCCCACUCCUGACUUCCCUACAACCUGCUACAAGUUUGAACUGAGGGAACAGUACAGGGACCUGUUUGUGUCCAUGUUUCAACAGGCCAAGAAAAAGGCUCAAAGGAAGGGCUUCUACUGAAAACUUUUUUUUUUCAUGCUAAGCUUUGUGUACAAUCUUGCAGUUUGAAAGGGAAAACAUUUCAGAAACAUGAGAUUUUUUGUGACAAAAGAUUAAAAACUAGA